ACUGCCUCAGGCCACCACUCCUUCAACCUCUUUCGUUUUUUCCUCCAUUAUUCUCUCUCUGUCACUCUCUCUCCAUUGGUUUUGCCUUCCCCCCUUUUGCAUUCUUAGCCUCUGCCUUCUGUUUUUAUUCUGAAACACCUCCUCAGUCCUAACAGAUGGCGAAGUGUGCAAGGAUAGGGAAAUAUGUAUAGAGACAGGCUGGCUUUAGUUUCCUUCCUGGUCAGCGUGUUCGUGGGAGCCCAGGGGGCCAAGACGUCUUUCAGACCUCGCAACUGCACGCUGCAGUGCGUUCACCAGGGAACUCCAGGAUGUGAGUAUUGCAGGAUCAGUAAAGAGGAUGUCCAAUCUACACUUGGUUUCACCUCCGCUGGCCUCUUUGGAGGCUGUGUGCCAUGGCCAUGUCCAUCUUUUUUAGGGCAACAGACCCCUGAGAUCUGCCAGCACUACGUACAUGCUCCGCAGAAUGUGACUAUCAAGUUUGUGGAUGAUCCGAGCUCUAAAUAUGAUACUGUUGUUGUGUCCUGGAGCCCAAGCCAAUAUGGUGUUGCUUUCCUGCGAGGUUUCCAAGUUACCCUGCAGGCUUUGGGUGGCACUCAGAUCUCCUGUCAGCUUUUCCUCAUUCAAAACAAUCUAUCGCUCGCCGCUGCACAUGUUCACAGGGUGUAUUACUCAGAUUCAUUUUCACAUCUCUCUCUGGGUACCCAGUAUGCUGUGACUGUGAUGGCCCUCCCUGUUCCCGAACUGUGGGACAAAUUCUACCAUAAUGAGCUGUUCUUCACACGCACAUGCCCUGAGAAAAAUGGCUUGGAGCAUUGUAAAAAAGACUGGUAUCCCAGGCAUGUUGAAGUCCACCAGGACAGCCAGGACAUUGUUGUGACUUUUAACCUGGCACCUGAGAACCUGGGCAUCAGUCGCUACUUUUCGGCAUGCUUUGGAGGGGGCUCACGCAGCUAUGAAAUCAUUCAUCCAGAUUUCAGUGUAAACAGUACUCAUCACACUUACCGCUUGCUCAAUCUCCAUACAGGAACCAACUACACCUGUGAGAUUGCAGCAGAUAUUGUGGACGCAGUAAGGAAAACGUUUUUUGUUCAAGUACGGUACAAUUUAAAAGAGUACUCAGCAUUACACAAGGAGGCUCCCUCUUUGGCAGUUAUUCUCUCUGUGGGUGUUUUGCUAACAGCCUCCUUGGCAGCCAUCUUUGUUAUCCUCUGUCAGAAAAGACUGAGAAAAAAGAAAGCAAAGACAGAGAUAAGACCAGACAUCAUUGAAGAAUAUUAUGACAAACACCUGGAGGAGCAACAGUGUGUGGUGCUAACCAACAGCACCCGUCCCCCUGAACUCUUGAUUUGCUACUCAAGUAAUGAUGGUCCUGCCCAUGUAAGAGUUGUCUUAAAAUUGGCAACAUUCCUGCAAAGGCACAUGGCCACUCAGGUACAUUUGGACCUGUGGGAUGCCUUGAACAUCAUAGAGGAGGGGGAUCUAGGAUGGUACUGCAAAAGAAUGAAGGAGAGCGACUUUGUGAUGGUCAUCUGCUCUAGAGGUCUCAACCAGAAACAGCAGAGCCGAAGAAAGGAGGAAGAAGAUGACCCAGCAGAAAACACCUCUCUAGCCAUUAUAGCCAUAAUUGCAGAGGAGAUAUGUCGAGCCAAAGCUCUGGGUCAAGAUCUUUCCAAAUACAUGACUGCCAUUUUUGAGUACUCAAAGCAAUCAGACAUUCCAUCCAUGUUAAAUCUGGUCUCAAAUUAUAUGCUCCCCGAAGACUUGCCGCUGCUCUUCUCUCAUCUCCAUGCAGUGGCUCUGCAGAAGCCUGGAGCUUACCUGCGAGUGGAGAACAUCUCAGAGAAUGAAUACUUAAAACUCCCGGCUGGAGUGGCAUUACACCUGGCUAUUCAAGAGGCCAAGAUUUUGAUCACUGGUUAAGGUCAGAUGGCAGAACUGGUCACCACAUAAGCUAAUUGCUCAAGACAGAUAACACAACCAAUACAAACUGCUCAGCCUGCAAAGUUUCUAUUCAAAACUAUGAAGGUAAUGUUCUUUAAAUGUAUCUUAAAGAGAUGGCAUAAGGGACUGUUGCCAAGAGAAUAUUCUUGAGAGACACGCCUAAGGUUUAAUGACAAAUAUCUUGCCAGCCAGACAGACGAGUUUUGGAGAUGGAUGCCUUUGUCCAUCCAGAAAGUGUUGUAACCUCAACAUAUGUUUUUUUUUUUUUAAAUAUAGUCCAGUGUUUUCAUUUAAAUUAAUAU